ACAGCAAGAAAAACAAUAAGAAAAAGAUGGCAGGCUCAACGGAUCCAUUAGUGAUAACAUUCGGCGAGAUGCUCAUCGAUUUUGUUCCGGACACAGCCGGAGUCUCCUUGGCUGAGUCUCGUGCCUUCAUCAAAGCCCCCGGAGGUGCCCCUGCCAAUGUUGCUUGUGCCAUUUCUAAACUUGGUGGUAACUCUGCCUUCGUUGGCAAGGUGGGAGAUGAUGAAUUUGGAAAGAUGCUAGUUGACAUAUUGAAUCAAAAUGGGGUGAACACAGAUGGUGUGUGCUUUGAUAGGGAAGCAAGAACUGCAUUGGCAUUUGUGACACUGAGAAAGGAUGGAGAGAGGGAAUUCAUGUUCUACAGGAAUCCCAGUGCUGAUAUGAUGCUGAAGGAGUCUGAGUUGAACAUUGGUUUGAUCAAGAAGGCUAAGAUAUUCCAUUAUGGAUCCAUUAGCCUCAUAUCAGAGCCUUGCAGAUCAGCACACUUAGCAGCCAUGAAAGCUGCUAGAGAAGCCGGUGCUUUGCUUUCUUAUGAUCCAAAUGUGAGGAUCCCUUUGUGGCCUUCUCCUGAUACUGCUAGGUCUGGAAUCAAGAGCAUUUGGUUUGAUGCUGAUUUCAUCAAGGUUAGUGAUGAUGAAGUUAACUUUCUUACACAAGGAGAUUCUGAGAAGGAAGAAGUUGUUAUGUCCCUCUGGCAUGACAAACUGAAGUUGCUUCUUGUCACUGAUGGAGAGAAGGGUUGCAGAUAUUUCACCAAGAAAUUUAAAGGAAGGGUAACAGGGUUCUCAGUUAAGCCAGUUGAUACCACUGGUGCUGGUGAUUCUUUUGUUGGUUCUUUUCUCGCAUCUGUGGCCCGGGACUCUUCCAUAUUUGAUAAGGAGCAAAAUUUGAGAGAGGCUUUGACAUUUUCCAAUGCUUGUGGAGCAAUAUGUACAACACAGAAGGGAGCAAUUCCAGCACUUCCGACCCGCUCAGAAGCUGAGAAAUUUAUCUCUGGCAAUAAAGGCAAUUAG